GUGGAAGCCAGUCCUUCUGCCGCCAUUUCACAGGAAAGAAACGCGGAAAACAACACGCUGGGAAAACAAUAUUGAACCAUUGCAUUGCUGCCGAGAACAAAGCUAUUGAAUAGUUGAACGGAAUCGUGUAUUUAGUCAACGGCGUAGUCAGAUAGCUCAAUUCGGCUGGUCUAAAAUCUUAAUUUAGAGCAAAUAUGAGCUACGGAAGGCCACCGCCCGACGUGGAGGGAAUGACCUCCCUCAAAGUAGACAAUCUGACGUAUCGGACGUCACCCGAGACUUUGCGCCGUGUGUUUGAAAAGUACGGUCGGGUAGGCGAUGUUUAUAUCCCCCGUGACAGGUACACCAAGGAAAGCCGUGGCUUUGCCUUCGUGCGUUUCCACGACAACAGGGACGCCGAAGACGCGAUGGAUGCAAUGGACGGUGCCCUGCUCGACGGACGCGAGCUCCGGGUGCAGAUGGCGCGCUAUGGCCGCCCACCUGAUUCCCACUACGGCCGAAGAGGGGGCGGCGGUGCGCCCCGUAGACAUGGGGGUUCCGGUAGAAGAAGCAGGAGCCGCUCGGGUAGUCCGAGACGCCGCAGACGCAGCCGUUCCAGGAGCAGAAGCCGCUCCCGAAGCCGCUCUCGCUACAGCCGUUCCAGGUCCAGGUCUUACUCCAGAUCAAGGUCCAAGUCCAGGAGCCAGAGGAGAAGCAAGUCAAAGUCUGCUUCCAGACAGCGUUCCCGCUCAAAGUCCAAGUCCAAGUCCAGGAGUCGAACCCCGCCAUCCAACGUGGGUUCGAAGUCCCGGUCCAGGUCCAAGAGCAGGCCCAAAUCUCCAGAGGAUAAUGGCACAGAGUCUUAACCCGAUCCUGGGAACCAGACGGUAGGGUCACAGGCUGUUUCAAUGUCAUAGAAUGGAUGUUUCAGAUUGCAGUUGUCGCGAGGACAUCUGCUUCGUAGAGGCCCAUUCAUAACUAUAACAGAUAAUCCAAGAAUACAUAGUAUAUUAAGCUGUUUCAUAAUUGGAAAGUACUCUGUCUCUUAUGACUGCAGACUCCUGUUAUUCUGCGUGUGCUUCAGGGGUUGUCUUAACCGCUUUAAAGCACAUGCAGCUUAACCGUGUACAUUAUAGAACGGCACUGCUACACUGAAGCAUAUGGUCACUGGGUGUCCAGGCACGUUAGUGCGUGGGAAUGUGAGGGCUGGACGUGCUGUAACCAAAAACGUGCACCUAAAUGUGGAAUUCUUUCCUCCAAGCUGCGGAACCCCGUUUGCAAAGAGGAGUUGGGGGUGUGGCAGUGUGAGGCAGUUAGUGUGUGGCGGCCCGUGUGACCUGCCUGGUGGCUGCUGAGGGCGCUGCAGGCAUUGGCAGUAAAGGAGCAGGUCACCAUGGCAACGUUGGCUGCUAAAACGGGAGCAGGUCGCCAUGGCGGCGGUGGGUGCCGGUCAGUUGGUGUGUGAGGCGAUGGUGGCGAGGUGCGGGCGCUGGACCACAGUCCCAGAGGUACAGGGCAGCUGUACCCGAGGCUGUGGUCCUCCUGCUACUUGCAGAGGGAGCGGAGUCCCCAAGGUUUGUUUAUCUAAUGACAGCUGUGUGUCGGCCCCAGGGCCCCCUUUCAAGAGGUAGGGUAUUUGAGAAGGGGGGGCCUUGGGGAAGGUGACCGGAAAUGCUAAUGUUACUGUCGGUGCAGUUGGCAUUUCUAGAAAUGCCCCACCAAACCUGCGACACCAUGUCCAACUCUACUACGGGGUUUCAACUAUUACGAUCAAGCCUGUAAAGUCCCAGUAGUCUGACUAGCUGAGCGUGUAGGGCUGAGUCCGACGGUGCGUCUCAUCGUUAUUAAUCCCGUCCAUUCUCUUUUCAGAUCUCGGAGUGGCUGAAGUUCACCAGCACCAGGAGCCCGGACUGAGCCUCUGGACCGCACUGUUCACCCCCUGAUUCCAGACCAACAGGUCAUUGGUCUGAACCCCAAUGUUUAAAAGAGUUUCAUUUUCGUCCAAACUGUGUUGUGAUUUGCUGUGUGCUAACUGUUUAGGGGUUAGCUAUUUAGAAGAAGUGUUUGGUGAGGCAGCUCUCCUGUUUUUUUUCCCUUUUCAUUACUAGUGAUUGCAUUUGUGUUGCGUCCUCGCUCGCUUUUCUUUACCCCCCCGCAUCGCAGCUCUUAUUUUAAUCCAUGUUUCGAAACCCCCUUUUACAGACGGGUGUUCAAGUUUGUUCAUUUUCUUGCUCAAUGUAGUUCAGCUAGACAAGGACUGACCUGUCAAUAGGAACCGACCCACUCUGUAACAUGGCCGCUGGCCGCGUUGUGUAACGGCGUGCCGAGCAGAGACCACCCCGUGUACAGGGCACUCACUCGCUAGGGACUUUUUAGUUUUUUGCUCCUCCAGCACAGCCCUUUUUUCCUCUCCCGGUACCUUCCUGUGACUCUAACACUCUCUCCUGUGUAUCUUUUGUGCACUAGGCGCAGUUGUGUAGCAGUUGAGUAAUGCUGGUUAGCUGGUAGAGGUGAUGCGGGGCAGUGCGCCGGUUUGGCGUGUUGCGGUGCUGGGCGCCCCCCCGCCCGGGGCUCCACCCUCCGUUGCCGGUUUGUAAGGUCACAGGUGUGGCAAAAUUGUGUGCCCCUCAUCCGCUCAUCUACUUCCUGUCAUGUGACUUCUCUCCCCAUCCCUCCUGUGUACACAUUCUUGUCCUCCUUUCCUCCCUCCCUUGCCCCCCCCCCGUCCUCCCUUCUGCGGAGCUGUUUUCUCCCUCCCUAAAGGUAGCUGUUGGAGUCUAGAUGGACUCUAGUAAAUCGUGGGAAGGCCAGUCUGUUAAGUAGGGGUUGCAUUAUUUUGUAAAGUCCUCCAUUGUCUUGUAAUUGCUUCUGCUUAAUGACAAUAAAAUAUUUGAUAUUCAA